GAAGAAAUGUACCCCAAGAUGCUAAACAUGGCAGAAUUAAUUAAGCCAAAGUUAGAAAGUUAGCAACACUGCUCCCACAAUGCCGUUCUCAAAUUAGACAGGACGAACAGAUGUCUCCUCAUCGUCCAAACACGCCGGCUGUUUGUUAGUCCUCGAGGACUCACUCAGGGUGAAGCACACACCUCCAGUGGGGAAGGAUGAUGAAGGAUAUCAGGAUAGACGUCGCCGUGUAACGCGCAUGCGCCGGAAGUUGCCUACCGCAGACAGCAGCAGCAGCAGCAACAGCAGCAGCAGCAGUGAUUCGGCAGUGCAGAGCGUCGGGAGUAAAUCUGUCCGUUUUCAACCAUGGCGACCAACUAAACGAUGCCUUUUGCAGAGGUUGACGGAAAGCAAGUGUUAAAGGUGAUAACAAAAGGCUGACGUCACCGGCCACCCCGCACAUCAACCUCGGAGGAAGAGGAGGAGUGAUGAAAAAGGAGUUUGUGACUGAGGAGCAGGCUUUUUUCACCACAACAUCUAAUGUGUGAGGAGAAGUGCGUGCCCCAUGUUGCAUUAGUGUCUGUGUGAAAUGCUGGCCUGUCUGCCAGGGCCAGGUGACCUCCCCCUCCAGCUUCUCCCCCACACGCAGAUGAACACUGGACUUCAGAAAUGGGACACCACACAAAGGAUGAGAUCCACUCCUUUCCCAACCCCUGCAGAAUUGGAUGCCUAUGCUAAGAAAGUUGCCAACAACCCCCUCACCAUCAAAAUCUUCCCCAACAGCAUCAAGGUCCCGCAGCGGAAUCACGUCCGGCGUACAGUCAACGGGCUGGACACAUCGGGCCAGCGCUACAGUCCUUACCCUUCCUCUCAGGCCAAGACUGGCCUCCUCGCCAUCGUCAAGGUGCCCUCGGUCAAGGGCAUCCUGAAAGAUUUCGCCGGCGGCCGGUCUCGCUUGCACCCUGAAGUCAUCAUGAACCACCUGAGGAGCCCUUACCAAGUGACUUCGACCAGCACUUUAAACCCCCGCCACUCGACUCUGCCCAACCUCCCCCAACCUCAGCAGAGCUUAGCCCUGCAAGCCCAGGACGCACCUCAGACUCUACAGAUGCCACUGGCUCAGCAGCAGAGCCUCAGACACGCUCUCCCCGUGGCCCAGCACUCUCAGGGCCCGCCUAGACUGCAGACUGUCUCCCAGCACCCAGCCCUCGGCCACCCCUCUGCCGUGCUCCUCCAGCAGCAGCAGCAGCAGCAGCAGCACCUCCAGCAGCAGCAGCAGCAGCAGCAGCCGCCGCCCGGCCUGCAGGGGAGCAGAAAGCUGCCAGAUGGCGAUGCACCACCUAACGUGACCGUCUCUACCUCAACCAUUCCACUCCCAAUGGCCACGGGGCUGCACCAGGGCCACCAGCCAGACCUGAGCACCAUCGUGCACCAGAUCAACCAGUUCUGCCAAGCUCGGGCCCAAGGGGCCGGAUCGGCCUCCAUGUGCGAGGGCCAGAUCGCCAACCCCAGCCCCAUCAGUCGCAAUCUCCUUAUCAGCGCUUGCUCCAGGGUGUCCAUGCACAGCAACCCGGCCGCCGCCGCGGGCGGCUUCCACCCGCACAACUGCAUCCUCGGCCCCCAAGAGAAUUCAGCCAUCCCGGCGGGAGCCCACCCUUUACCUAGCGUGACCAUGAACCACUUGCCUUCCAACCACACCGAUCUCAAGCAGCAACAGCACCCUCAGCAGCAUCUGCACCCAAAACCCAAUCAGCAGUUGCAACAAGCCAACACACAACAACAGAAGAUGCGCUCUUGGAAUCCGCAGCAUUUGACCCACGUGCCCCAUAUUCCCAACGGUUGCAAGCAGCCCACCAGGGAUGCCGGCUUCCACUUGACCUACCCCGUGGCGGACAUGUGCGUGGGGCAUCCGUACAUGCUGAAGCCCCCUAUAGAAAGGCCCACCCCCUCUCCGCCCGUCAACCACAACGGCAUGACGGUGGCCCACUACCCAAACGGUCACUACUUCCAGUCCCACAUUUGGAACAGCAACAUCCUCCCCACACCAAACAGUGACAGCUCCGGGUCUCAGGACUUAGCCAUGCCAUUCCACGGGGCGGGCCCGGGGGGCUGCGGCGCACUGGAAUGCGGGCCCCCGGGGGCUCCCCAUUACAGGCUACCGGCGAGCUCCUCCACCUCCUCUGCCCAGACUAAUCUGAUGCAAACCACAGAUUACAUGGGUGGGGACUUCCAGACGCCCUACUUCCGCGAUCAGAAUCUCGGGUUAAUGGGCAAGAUGCACAGGCCCCCUAUGAGCAGGGUGGGGCCGGAGCUCGGGGAUGGUCGAAGCGCUCUCAUCCAGCAUCCAGGGUACAGAUAAGCUAUGGCCUUGUCUCCGCAAGUUAUCAGCCCCCCCCUUUUGUUUAGUCUUAAGAAACCACAUGAUAACUUGACAAAACUGCUAAUCUUAAAGAGGGUAAAUGAAUAUAUUUAAUUCAUGAAGGACAGUAGUUUCUUUCUUUUCUUUGAUAAAUCUUGCAAGUGAUCAAUUUUUUUUUUUUUUCUUUGGGGGUUAGUGAAUGCUUCUACCUGGAACAUUUAGGAAUCAUGUUCACCUUGUCUACUGUGUGUCAUUCCUGCUUUCUGCUCCUCAAUACGUACAUGUGUGUGCCUGGAUCUUGACAGAUCCUGUGUUAUUUCCACUUGACACAUUUGUAAGUCAAUUCCUCACCUAAAAAAAACAUCCAUUGUUGGAUGUGCUGUGAGGAACGUCUGGCGAGGAAAAUACUUUUUCUGUGUGUAAUAAUCUUGUUUGAAACAGCAGCCAGAGACGUGUGCGCGUGCGUGCUGAGCUUUUACUAUUUUCGGAUGUAAUUAUUUAUUUGUUAUAAUAGGACUAUUGAAACUUGACUCCUUGCUGUUGCUUACAAACGCAAUCGGGUUGUUUGUAUAAAGCAAGGACCCAGCAGGCAGCGUUGCCAUGGCGAUGUGCUCCUGUCCUGCUUCAAAUGCUGCAAUGAAUUCAGGUGUUUUAAAAACUUUUGGGGCUGGGCCAGGAAGGCUUCGGUUAUGAAAUUCUUUUCAAACAGAAAGGUCAUAAGCGUUAAAGAUGGCCUGAGUCUAACAAAGACUUUUUUUUUUUUUUUUUACAGCGCUCAACAUAAAUGACAGACAGCAUGGAUUUGUGUUCAAACAUUUGCAAACCACUCCUACCAACAAUAGACGGAUGGAGAAUACGCCAUAGGAGAACGAGCAGAACCCGGUUAUUAUUAAAUCCAAAUAAUAAUAAUUCAACCAAAGGAUGACAAUUCAGGCUUCUUUUCCAAAGGGCGUGUCGCCAUUUAUGCCGAGCGCUGCAUUGGGAAGACGUGCCAUUUUAUCUUUUUACAAAGCUUUUUUUUUUUUCUUCUUCUCCGUAAUCCUUGACAAAUGUAUUACUUGAAUGUGGACGAUACAAUAGUACAAAGUGUUACUAAUGUCACGUGGGGAUCAAACCGAGUGAGUCCCGGGGUGAAACGUGUGCUUGCUACUGAUUGUGAUGUGAAGACCAAAUUGAUCACUUGCAAGAUGACACGGAUGGAAACAAAGCAGACUUUUUACGUUGAAACAGCAAACGCAUUGUUUAUUUUAUUGUACACUGGCUUACCUACUAGACUACUGUAACAUUUAAACUUUAAUGAUUGUGUGAGUGUUGCCGGGUCGUUUGUGUGUGUGUGUGUGUGUGUGUGUGUGCGUCUGUGAUCACGAUAAGACCCAUGUUCUGUUCACCUACCAACCCCUAAAAAGCCUUAAUUGUUUGGUCCUUGGACUUUCCUUGAGCAUGGUUUUAAUGAAAACCCCAAAUAAUGAGAAGGAAGAUGGUGAGAAUACACAGACACAGCGCUUUUUUUUUUUGGGUCGGGGGUAAUUUUUUAUUUUUUUUUUUUCCCCUUUUUAUUUUAAUUAAAUUGUAUUGACUAGACAAAGCAAUUCCUUAGAGAUUUGUUAUGGGAAGCAAGAAAAGGAGCGAUACGAUAAUUAUACCGUAUUUUUUAGCAAUGUGUAGUUACUGAGCUGUAUUUUUUUUUUGGCCAAUUUUCAAAGCUUCGCUUUUGCAAUUGUGACUAUUUAUAAUACUUGAUUUUCUUAUUUAAGUCCCCCCCCCCCCUCCUGUUCUGUUGCUGUGAAAAGGAAGAAGGUCCAUAGCCUAUCUUUUUGUCAUCUUUCAAGACGGAUAAGAAGCAAGAGCGUGAGAGUUGUGCUACUCUUUUUUGUAAUAUUGUAAUAAUAAAAUAAAAUUCUAAUUUAUGCUUUCA